UUUUCUUCUUUAAAUACGUUUCUUUUCCCAUUUUAUUAUAAUUAUUAUUUUUUUAUUUGGAGCGGUGAAUGUACAAAGCUCAUUCUGUUGUCAGAUCUUUAUUUGUUCUAUUUUCGAUCAGAACAUUUCAAGAAAAUCAAGUACUGUAAAUAACAAGUGGGAGAUCUAUUGUUUGUAGAAGUAAUCAAUUUGAAGUGAAUUUUUUCAUUCUUUAAGUGGAGGAGGCAGUGUUGGUUUGAUCCACUACUUGUGAACAUUGUUGGUUUCUUGAGGAUUUGAUGGCUGAUUAAUUAAGCACUGGAGAUUCUGAUCCGUUUGAAGUUAUUUUGAAAAUGGUUGCUUCAGUCAGUGUAGGGGUUGGGUCUCUUGUUUGGGUGGAGGAUGCUGAUGAAGCCUGGAUUGAUGGGGAGGUUGUGGCGGUCAAUGGUGAAGACAUCAAGGUCCUUUCUACAUCAGGGAAGACGGUUGUUGUUAAGUCAUCCAAUGUCUAUCCCAAAGAUGCCGAAGCCCCACCAUGUGGGGUGGAUGACAUGACAAAGUUGGCAUAUUUGCAUGAACCUGGAGCUCUACACAAUUUAAAAUCUAGAUAUGAUAUCAAUGAAAUUUAUACAUAUACAGGAAAUAUAUUAAUAGCUGUGAACCCCUUUCAAAAAUUGCCUCAUCUAUAUGAUAGCCAUAUGAUGGCGCAAUAUAAAGGAGCUGGCUUUGGUGAGCUAAGUCCACACCCAUUUGCUGUUGCAGAUGCUGCAUAUAGACUCAUGAUGAAUGAAGGAAUAAGUCAAUCUAUUUUGGUUAGUGGCGAGAGUGGGGCCGGUAAAACUGAAAGCACAAAAUUGCUCAUGCGUUAUCUUGCUUACAUGGGUGGACGAUCUGCAACUGAAGGAAGGACCGUGGAACAAAAAGUUCUUGAGUCAAAUCCUGUUCUGGAAGCGUUUGGUAAUGCAAAAACUGUGAGGAAUAAUAAUUCAAGCCGUUUUGGCAAGUUCGUUGAGCUUCAAUUUGAUCAAAGGGGUAGGAUUUCUGGGGCUGCUAUCAGAACUUAUUUGCUUGAGAGAUCUCGUGUUUGUCAAGUGUCUGAUCCUGAGAGAAACUACCAUUGUUUCUACAUGCUCUGUGCUGCACCACCUGAGGAUAUUAAAAAAUUUAAGUUGGGCAAUCCAAGAACAUUCCAUUAUUUAAAUCAAUCAAAUUGCUACGAGUUAGACAGGUUUGAUGAAUCCAGAGAGUAUAUAGAAACAAAAAAAGCAAUGGAUACCGUGGGAAUAAGUUCAGAGGAACAGGAUGCAAUAUUUCGAGUUAUUGCUGCAAUCCUCCAUCUUGGAAACAUUGAAUUUACAAAGGGGAAGGAAAUAGAUUCAUCCAUGCCUAAAGAUGAAACAUCUUGGUUUCAUUUAAGAACUGCAGCAGAGCUGUUCAUGUGUGAUGUAAAGGCUUUAGAGGAUGCCCUCUGCAAACGUGUAAUUGUCACUCGUGAUGAAACCAUCACCAAAUGUUUAGAUCCAGAAGCAGCGGCUGGAAGCAGAGAUGCUUUGGCCAAAAUUGUCUACUCAAGGUUGUUUGACUGGCUUGUGGAUAAGAUUAAUAGUUCAAUUGGUCAAGACCCUAAUUCAAAAUGUUUAAUCGGGGUGCUGGAUAUUUAUGGAUUUGAGAGUUUCAAGACUAACAGUUUUGAGCAAUUUUGCAUAAACUUGACCAAUGAGAAGCUUCAGCAGCAUUUUAAUCAGCACGUUUUUAAAAUGGAGCAAGAAGAGUAUACAAAAGAAGAAAUUAACUGGAGCUACAUUGAGUUCAUUGAUAAUCAAGAUGUUCUGGAUCUCAUUGAAAAGAAGCCAGGUGGCAUUAUAGCUCUUUUGGAUGAAGCUUGCAUGUUUCCUCGAUCAACUCAUGAAACAUUUGCUCAAAAGCUCUACCAGACAUUCAAGAACCAUAAACGAUUCAGUAAGCCCAAAUUAGCUCGUUCUGACUUCACCCUCGCUCAUUAUGCUGGUGAUGUAACUUAUCAAACUGAGUUGUUUCUGGACAAAAACAAGGAUUAUGUUAUCGCUGAACAUCAAGCACUCUUGUGUUCUUCCAAGUGUUCCUUUGCUUCUGGUCUUUUUCCACCUUCAACUGAGGAGUCCUCCAAACAAUCAAAAUUUUCUUCAAUUGGCUCCAGGUUUAAGCAACAAUUGCAAUCUCUGCUUGAGACUCUAAGCGCUACUGAACCUCAUUAUAUUCGCUGUGUGAAGCCCAAUAAUCUUCUUAAGCCAGCUAUAUUUGAGAAUCAUAAUGUACUGCAACAACUACGUUGUGGGGGUGUCAUGGAAGCAAUUAGGAUAAGUUGUGCAGGAUAUCCUACGAAAAAACCGUUCUAUGAAUUUGUAGACCGUUUUGGCAUCCUUUCUCCUGAAGUUUUAGCGGGAAGUACGGAUGAGGUUACUGUAUGCAAGAGGCUUCUGGAGAAAGUGGGACUGGAAGGUUAUCAGAUUGGUAAAACAAAAGUGUUUCUGAGGGCUGGUCAGCUGGCAGAGCUGGAUGCGCGUCGGACUGAGGUGUUAGGAAGAUCUGCUAGCAUUAUUCAGAGGAAAAUUCGCUCUCACAUGGCUCAAAAGAGUUUCAUGUUGUUGCGUCAGUCAGCAAUACGGAUUCAAUCUGUGUGCAGAGGAGAACUUACUCGGCAAGUUUAUGAUGGCAUGCGAAGAGAAGCUUCUUGUCUGAAGAUUCAGAGAGACUUGAGAAUGCACCUUGCUAGGAAAGCAUACAAAGAACUGUGCUCAUCUGUUGUUUCAAUACAGACAGGAUUGCGUGGGAUGGCUGCACGUGACCUGCUUCGCUUUAGAAGGCAGACAAGGGCAGCUAUUGUAAUCCAGAGUCAUUGUCGGAGAUUCCUAGCCCAUUUUGAGUAUAUGAAGCUGAAGAAAGCUUCAAUAACCACACAAUGCGCAUGGAGGGCAAGAGUUGCACGUAGAGAACUGCGCAUGCUGAAGACGGCUGCCAGAGAAACCGGAGCUCUCCAAGCUGCCAAGAAUAAAUUAGAGAAGCAAGUUGAAGAACUGACCUGGAGAUUACAGCUGGAGAAACGAAUGAGAGCUGAUCUAGAAGAAGCAAAAAUGCAAGAAAAUUCAAAAUUGCAAUCAGCUUUGCAAGAGCUUGGGCUUCAAUUUAGAGACACCAAAGACAUGCUCAUGAAAGAAAGGGAAGCUGCAAAAAGUGCGGCCGCGCAAGUCCCAAUAAUUCAGGAGAUCCCAGUUAUGGACCAUGAAAUGACGGAGAAGCUUAAUGCCGAAAACGAACAACUCAAGGCAUUCAUUAGUUCUCUGGAAAAGAAAAUAAAUGAAACAGAGAAAAAAUAUGAAGAGGUAAACAAACUUAGUGAGGAAAGAUUACAGCAGGCUAUGGAGGCAGAGUCAAGGAUUGUUAAGUUGAAGGCUGCUAUGCAUAGGCUUGAAGAAAAAAUCUCGGACAUGGAAAUUGAAAAUAAAAUUCUUCGGCAGCAGACCUUGCUCCCUGCUAAAGGAGUGUCAGAACAUCCUUCUGCUUUAGCAACCAAGAUAUUGGAAAAUGGCCACCAUGCCAAUGAAGAUAUCAGAACCACUGAAUCACAACAUACUCCAGAAAAAUCUUACGAGACACCUGACAACAAACCAAAGAGACCCCCAGUUGAUCGGCAUGAGGAUGUUGAUGCACUCGUGGAUUGUGUCACGAAAGACGUGGGCUUUAGUGAAGGCAAGCCAGUUGCAGCUUUCACCAUAUACAAAUGCCUUUUGCACUGGAAAUCUUUUGAAGCUGAGAAGACAAGUGUAUUUGAUCGUCUCAUACAGAUGAUGGGUUCAGCCAUCGAGAAUGAAGAAAGCAAUGAUCACAUGGCUUAUUGGCUGUCAAAUACCUCUACUUUGCUGUUCUUACUUCAAAAAAGCUUGAAAGCUGCCGGCACUCCUGGUGCAACUCCAGUUCGUAAACCACCUCCGACCUCCCUAUUUGGGAGAAUGACAAUGGGUUUUCGGUCUUCCCCUUCUUCUGUCAGUCUUGCUGCGGCAGCAGCGGCGCUUGAAACAGUGCAUCAAGUUGAAGCCAAAUACCCAGCUUUGCUUUUCAAGCAGCAGCUCACGGCAUAUGUUGAGAAAAUCUAUGGAAUUAUUCGAGACAACUUGAAGAAGGAGUUAGGAUCAUUGCUUGCUUUAUGCAUCCAGGCACCGAGAAAUUCAAAAGGAAGUGUGCUAAGAACUGGACGAUCCUUUGGAAAAGAUUCUCCAACAAAUCACUGGCAGGGAAUCAUUGAAUGCCUCAACUCUCUUCUCAGCACACUUAAAGAAAAUUUUGUUCCUCCAGUUCUUAAUCAGAGGAUAUUUACUCAAAUAUUUUCAUACAUAAACGUUCAACUCUUUAACAGUCUUCUUCUGCGUCGUGAAUGUUGUACAUUUAGUAACGGUGAGUAUGUCAAAGCCGGGUUAGCCGAGCUAGAAUUGUGGUGCUGCCAAGCAAAAGAAGAGUAUGCAGGCUCGGCUUGGGACGAACUCAAGCAUAUAAGACAAUCUGUUGGGUUCUUGGUUAUACAUCAAAAGUACAGAAUAUCAUAUGAUGAGAUUGUCAAUGAUCUGUGCCCUAUUCUUAGCGUCCAGCAGCUGUACAGAAUAUGUACUCUUUAUUGGGACGACAACUACAAUACUCGAAGUGUAUCCCCAGAAGUCAUAUCUAGCAUGAGGGUGCUCAUGACAGAGGACUCCAACAAUGCCGCGAGUAGUUCAUUUUUGUUGGACGAUAAUUCAAGCAUCCCGUUCUCGAUUGAUGACCUUUCCAAGUCUCUCCAAGUGAAGGAUUUCUUAGAAGUCAAACCUGCGACCGCACUUCUUGAUAAUCCGGCCUUCCAGUUUUUACACGACUGAGGUUAAGGAACCUUCAUGGUUCAUAGCAUCUAAUGUUUUGGUUCGGCUACGCCAGGGAUACAUUAUACAUUGUACAUUUGUUUUCGAUUUUUGCCAUGGAGGUUGUCGAUAAAAUUCGUUCAGUGAGUUAUUGCCUAUGUUUUUUUCUUUUUGCCGUAUUGGCAGCAUUCUUACUAGGGAGUAGGGAGUAGAGUGAAGCAUAUUUUUAUAGUAUAGUAAUUGGUGGAUUAAAAAUCCCACCAGAUUUUACCAUGUAGUGGCGAUUUUCGACGGAAGGAAUUUGUAUGAAAAAUAUUUGGUGAUGGUUUUGUACAUUUUAAGGAUGAAAAUGGUUGCAAUCUAUUGGAUUUAUAUUUUUUCUUUU